AUGUCGAGGUCCGUGGCUCGCGGCCUUCGCAAGCGGUUCAGCUUUCCUACGUAUCGUCGCAAGAGCCUAGACCCCUGGUCGAUCUCGCAACAACCUGAGCAGGGCCUGAGGUCGGACGUCAUGAUCAACUGGGAGGUGGACUUUAUAAACCUGAACAAGGAGACUCCUCAAGUGGAUCUGAUCGACGACUUACCGCAUCUUCAGUGGCUCAGACACAUCGAGAAAAUCGUCGUUGAAACGUGGUUCAGCGAGUGUAAGUCAAUCAUCGAGAACAUGAACGGGCUCACAUCGGAGAACAAGUGGCUGCUGGGGAUGAGGCACUGGCUCCCAAACCUCAAACUCAUACAGCGUGAGUUCACCAACAGGGCGCCAGUCGUUCUCAACGAAUGGGCAUUUUUCCAGACAAGCUAUCUACUUCGUGAGGCAGAAGAUACCCCACCGAGCUGGAGGCAUACAAGGCAAGUUGCGACUGACGUCCAUUGGCAAUCCUGGAUUUCUUCGCCCAAGACACCUCAGUGGACUUAUUUUCUAGAGAGAUUACAGAGCACUGGUGUCGAACUUCGAGAUGUGAUGUCGCAGGAAAUCGAAUUGUAUGACGAGGUGUUGGGCAGUAGAAGACUUUUCCAAGGGCUCGGGCAAAUCGAGGCGAAGGAAUGGGACUCGUGA